AUGACGAAAAACUUGGUUAUCAUGUUUCUUGCUAUCGAAAUUUCACCGACAAAAAAGCUUGAGAGAGCGGAAUCAACGCUCGCGAAUUUAAAGAGCUCGAGAAAGAAAGACGAAUGUGAGAAACAAGACGAUGAUCCUGUUCCACAGAAAAGGACACCGACAAGGCAGUGGUCCCGAAUUCAAAAACAACGCUGUUCCCCUACCACUUCUAGUUCUGUUCGUAGAAAUAUUCUACCGAAAAAGUGCUUGGUUUGUAAAAAAAGCAAAACCUAUUAGUUUAUUUGAGCCGGUGAGUAUAGUGAAACAUUGUUUUUAUUUAUUACUUUAAAUAUAAGAGAGGUGAUCUGAGGUUGUUCUUAUUAAGCCCGAAUCAAGUGAGAGCGGAGGAUGGCAAGUUGAUAGUCAAGAUUUACUAUCGUAACAGUCGUUUUAGCAUUAACAAAAUAACUGCUUCGUAAGUGUUCUAAACAAGUAUAAACUGUAUCAAAGUUCAUGUUAUGGUGCAGAAGAUAUUCAGAGCGUCUGACUGAAAUAAUGAGAUAGCGUGAUUGCCAACUUACGUUCUCGUUUGAUCCACGCUGUAAUUAUAGUUUCCAUUUUUGUAGCACUCGCGAAAAUAUAAAAGAAACAGUUCCUAUCAUUGGCACAAACAAUUACGGUAGGAACCUUACAAGAAGCAGCCAAACUACAUAAUGACACCGAUUUUCUUCAUGAAAUUGCAGGAAAAGACUGUGUUACAAUUGAAGCACGGUAUCACAAAAAGUGCUACAGUUUAUGACAAUGCGUUUGACAUUUUUUGUGCUGAAAUUAUUGAAGAAAGAAUUGUUGGUAACAAGGAAAUACUGCUGGAAUUCGCAUGCCACGAAGUAGAAGAUCUUGCCUGUAACCACGAGGAGGCGGAUACGAGAAUGCUCGCUCACGCAAAGAGUGCGUCCGCAGACAUCCAGUAUCAUUAUUAAAAGUCCUGAUACGGACGUAUAUAUCAUAGCCUUAAAUGCUAGUUUAGGCCUACUUUGGGGGCGAAGGUCGCCUAAUUUCGCCUAAUGUCGCCUAAUUUCGCCCAAUUUCGCCCAUGUGCACCCGAUUUUUUAACUUUGCCUAACAGUCUAUUCGCUUAAUGUCGCCUAAUUUCGCCUAAUGUCGCAUAAUCUCACACAAGCAUGCCCAAUUUUGCACUUUGAGUUUGUCGUCCAUUCUAGUCUAUUCCUUACUUAUUUGUUAGUUUCCCGCAUGUUUUUGUAUAAAUACAUGUACACAAACACCAAGGGCAUGUGCUGUUUGGGACCAUCUCUCGCCAGUACUAAUGAGGCUUGGUUAUUUGGGGUUUAUAUGUAUAUGGAAUUACAACGCAUUAUUCCAAUGAAAAUUACCUAAAUUAUGUUGUUAAGGCAGCCUUCUGGCUAUCUUCUCCAAUGUGUUUCUUUGUGAAACUCAAGCCUGGUUCACAAAGAUGCCUGCGACGUGCCUGUGACGUACCGGCGACGAUGCCGGUGGUAGCUUAAAACGUAAAUUAUGCCGUGAAUAUUUGUUCGCCUAUUGCCUCCAGUGCCACAGAUACAUCGGCGGUAGACCGGGAAAGUUGACUUGAGUUCAACUUUGCCGGUAUUUCGGCGGCAAGUAGAGGCAUAUAUAAUGAUACAGUCCCAGGCAUACCGCAGGCAUAUGUAAACCAGGCUUCAGUCAAAUUAGACAAUCACACACCAUUAAAUAUUUAAAUGUUGUAUAUGAAAUCGAACUUAGAUCUUAUUAUCAAAGAUACAUUCAUGAUAACUGGGGAGUGCUAAAGUACAGAAUACCUCUCACUAGCGAAGUACACUGGGUAUCCUAAAGGCCGAAACAGUACCGUCUGUAGUUAUAUAUGUACUAUUUAAAAUACUCAUUAAUAAUUCAUAAACCUUGUGGCAAACAUGUCAGCCAUACAUAAUAAUGUCACGCGGAGUGACUUUAUAUCUGAUAAAACACAUGUGGCAUGGUAUAAUUGUUCAUCCUAAUUAGCAUUAUUAUACAAUGGUUCAUCCUAAUAAAUUAGUAUAUAGUCGUAUUUUAAGCUAUUCAAAACACUCGUUGUCGUGUUUUAUCAGAUAUAAAAGCUCGACUGCGCCUCGCAUUUUAUAUCUGAUAAAACACACCUACUCGUGUUUUAAAUAUUAUAUAGACUAUAAAUAAAGAAAGUCAUCUAUAGUAUGUUCAAAAUACGACUUUGUAGUUUGUAAAAUAAAAUUACUUACAUUUCGACGAAAUUACGUUGAUCGACAUCUCAUAAUUAGUUAUCAUCGCAAAAGAUACAGAGCAAUGUAAUAACGGCGACCUUGGCCCCCAAAGUAGGCCUUAGUUUCUCAAUCAGCAGAUUUAUAUUUCGAGACGGGGACAAAAGAUAAAAGGCGGAUAAUAUCAAUUAGUAAGGUUAAGGAGAACUUUGUGAGAUCUGUGGAGUGCAGCAUUAAUUGGAGCUUUCGAUCAACACGGAUAUAUCAAAACUCGACCUUUGGUUUCACAAUAAUUUUCUCACUGUGAAUGCUGGUAUAAGACACAGGCUAUGGUAAUGGAAAAUCUGAUUUCGAUUACGAUAUAAAAGUUGCUGAUACCUCCAUUCAAAUGGCAACGGUCGUCAAAAUUUUAGGAGUUACUCUAGACAAGCGUUUAACUUUUGAAUCCCAUGUAAAAGAAAUGCUCAAGAAGGUUUAUUCGAAAGUGGCGGUCUUACGAGGAAUAAGGCGUUUAAUCCCUAUUGAAGUUGCAACGAAAUUGUACAAAGCCUACAUCCUUCCACAUUUGGAAUAUUGCUGUCCUCUCCUUCUUGGUAUCGGGAAAGGCUUGGGUAGGAAAUUGGAAUCUGCUAACCAUUAUGGCCUAAAAACUCUAUUUAAUAUGGGUGAUACUUCAGAUUACGAAACAGUUUUGAAUAUGGCAUCAAUGCGUUCCUUGGAACAAAGACGGUUUGAACAGUCUUUAAUUAUGUUUUUUAAAUGUACACGUCUUCAUGGGCCCCAAUAUAUUUCAAACUUUUUAAAAUUACGGUCCUCGCGUUACAAUCUUAGAAAUACUGGUCUGAAUUUUGAGCAGGCCAGUUAUAUAAUACUUUAUAUUGACAUAAUUUAUAUUCUUAUAUCAUUUCGCAUAUUUGGAAUGAGCUACCUAAUGAUAUUAAAAACUCCAACUCGUUAUCCGAGUUUCGUUCUUCAAUUUCAAGAAUGGAUUUUACUAACAAACUCAAUCUCGGCUGUAGGUGUGCGAGAUGUAUCUAAUUCUUAAAUAUUUUAUACUACAGUACUUUCGCCAUUAGUCCUAACUAUGUAAAUUGGUUUCUCAUCAGUACUUUGUUUUAAAUUUGUACAUGUAUUCACGCAUAGAGUAAAUAGCCGAGCAUUUUUAACAUGAGCCUAUGGCUCGGGAGAUUGAGCAAUCACUCCCUAUGUAUUGACUUUAAAUAAAUACUAUUACUAUUACUGUUACUAUUACUAUUACUAUUACUAUUACUAUUACUAUUACUAUUACUAUUACUAUUACUAUUACUAUUACUAUUACUAUUACUAUUACUAUUACUAUUACUAUUACUAUUACUAUUACUAUUACUAUUACUAUUACUAUUACAGGUAACACUUUUAAUUUUAAGUUUGCUGCUCAACCAUUCUCCGAAUGAAAAAUUAAUUCAUUAAAUAUCCUUCUUUAAGGUUGCCAUACCACAAGUGCAUUCUUUGGAAAAGGAAAGUCUUCAGCACUUAAAAUUGCGAUGGAAAGCGAAGAAUACGCUCCGGCAUUUUCAAACCUUGGAAAUGAAUUGGAUGUACCAAGUUCUACGAAAGCUGUCUUAAAAAAGUUUGUGUGCCAUUUGUACGGCGCUGAAAAUCAGUGUGAUGUCAAUCUCGUUCGUUAG